AUGAAUCUUCAGUUCGACCAUUUCAGGCUGGUCUUUCAGUGCGUCUCGGGGACCGCUUUGAUGCACUGGGCCUCCGAAGAGGACUUCAAGAUUGGCAUCUUUGGUGCUCGCCGGGCGCCGCGGGCCUUGGCGUGGUGGGACCUUCGAAAGGCCUAUGAUGUGGUGGUGCAGACCGGCGACAGCCACUUUGACCUCGCCGAUGGUCAGUUCACCAUUCUGAUGUACGGCGGGAACCUGAGCUUCGCGGUGGAGGGCGAACAGGACAUUCCUAUUUGGUACAAUUCAGUCCGGGCUGUGAUAAGAGACUCGGCUUGGCACCAGGCCACCAAGGGCGACACUCUGGAACACCGGAGGAAGCGCUGGCAAGUGGCCGGUGGCUUGGCGAAAGCCUUGUUAGACGGCCGGCCGAUUGGCAGUC